ACAGUGUUAUUUUGGCAGCCAUUUUUGAUUUAGUCUUAGUCUUUAUCUUCAGACGAAAAUGCUCCUUAGUCUUAGUCACAUUUUAGUCAUGUUUUAGCCGACGAAAGGCCAUUGCAUUUUUGUCAAGUCUUAAGGGCCGUACACACCGGGACGAAUAUUCGCGCGCGUUAUGCGCCAGCGUUUUUCAACGCGUUUUUUGUGUUCACACCCAAGCGAUUUUCGCUGACGAUGAGCCGAGUGAACAUGCAAAUUCAUUCCCUGACAUUAGAUGGCGCUUAAUGUAAAACAGAAAUACCCCGGUACACAAGGUGGCGCUGCGCAACUUUACGCUUCUGACACUCGCUUUUCACUCAGAAGAAGAGAGCAAGUAUUUACGCGCUUGUCCAAAUCAUACAAAGAAAACAUGGAUAUUUCAAGCACCAGUAGCUCCAGCUCCAGCUCCAGGGAUGAAGAAAUUAUUGUUCUGUUGAAUGAGGAAAGACGCCGGAAAAGACGCCGAUAUUGGAUACAUCCCAUAGUUACAAGAAGAGAAGAACAUGGGGAGUUUUAUCGACUGGUACAAGAGCUGAAAAUGUAUCAUGAGCGUUUUUGGGGGUAUUUUAGAAUGUCCGUCAGUGAGUUCGAAAAUUUACUUCAACAACUGGCUCCCUCGCUGACAAAAGAACAGACACACUACCGUAAACCAAUCGACCCAGAACAGCGUUUGGCCGUGUGUUUACGUUUUCUAAGCACUGGGGACUCGUACCGCACUAUUGCGUCCAGCUUUCGACUUGGUGUGUCAACUGUGGCUUCGAUAGUGAGUGAAACCUGUGAUGCAUUGUGGCACUGCCUCAGAGAUGAACAUUUGCCAGUGCCUACUGAAGAGAUGUGGAGGAGUACAGCCAGGAGGUUCCAUGAAAGAUGGAAUUUCCCUAACUGCUUGGGAGCCAUGGAUGGGAAACACAUAUUCAUCCAGGCCCCUGCAAACUCUGGUUCUCUCUACUUUAAUUAUAAAGGUACGUUCUCCGUUGUAUUGCUGGCCUUAGUUGAUGCAGAUUACCGCUUCCUGGUGGUUGAUGUGGGGAGCUAUGGCAGCAACAGUGAUGGAGGCAUCUUUGCCAAUUCUGUGCUGGGAAAGGCACUCAGAGAUGGAACUCUGAAUGUUCCCCCUCCAAGUGAACUUCCAGGUGCUCCUGAGCUGGGAAAAGUUAACCAUGUCAUUGUGGCGGAUGAAGCUUUUCCGCUGAAACCAUAUCUCCUCCGGCCAUACCCUGGACGCCGCCUCCCCACAGACAAGAGAAUUUUCAAUUAUCGUUUGUCUCGGGCACGGCGCAUCUCUGAAAAUGUAUUUGGCAUCCUCAGUCAACGCUUCCGGGUUUUCCAAAGAACUUUACAGAUUCAACCAAGUGUUGUUGACAAAGUUGUCAAAGCUGCUUGUGCAUUGUGCAAUUAUUUGCGCCCAAACGGAAAUGACCAGAAUCAUGCCACAGAGGAUGACCAUGAUUGUGAGCAAACACUACAAGGCUUUGAACAUUGUAGGGGGCAGCGGGCAUCUGUGGAGGCACAAAAUGUCCGAGAACUGUACAAAGAGUACUUCAACGCACCAGCAGGAGAAGUUGCUUGGCAGUAUGACCAUGUGAACCAUGGUCUGGGGAACAGAUAAAAACAAACUGUAAAUUUGAGCCAUGUUCAUUACAUUUUCCAUUGUGAAAACCGCUAGUGUAUGUGUAUAUAUAUACAAUUUCUGUGAACUUGAAUACACUAUCAAAUCUAUUGCAUCUGAUUCUUCAUUAAUUAAUAUGGCAGAGUUAUUAUAAAUCCUCCUUCUGGUUCAGCGCCACUGUUUCUUUCCAUUAAAAAUUAAGGUUUAUUUGUUUGGUUUUGUUUUGUGUAUAUUCCUUUUUUUGGGGGGGGGUUUGUGUCAUUAUAAUUUUCAGUGACUUUUUUGUAUAUUUUGUUGUACAAUUUUGUUUUAUUGAUUGGUGUACUACUGUAUGGGAGGACUUACUUUGGUUUGUGUGAUAUUUGGUUUGUGUGUUUCACGUAUGGUUUGAUAUUUUUUUAUUCAUUUUUUUGGGUUUGUGUUUCCUCCCAUAUGGUGGUUAUCCAGUUAUGAUUCAAGUUGAUUUCAUUUGUUUUACUGUGGGUACUAUAAUUGUUGUUUUUAUAUCAUCUGCUAAUUUCUAAUUUGGUUGACUUUAUUCAUUUAUUGUAUUUUCAUUUUUUUGUGUGAUAUUCAGUUGAUUUGAUUGAUCCUGACUUGUUUUGUAUAUUGUUUAAUGUUUUUUUUGUUUUGACUUAUUUGUUUUUCAACUUUACAUCUUAAUAUCAAUAUUGCUGCGGAUUAGAUUAAUUCAACUAAAUAUUAAAAAUAUAAUUGGGUCCCCUACCCAAGAAAAGUGGGGGUGGCGUAGUCAAAUUGGUCAACAUUUUUAAUAGCCAUAUAUUUUAGGUCACAUUUUGGCUCACCACAGCAAAUUAAAUAUUUUUGAUAUAACAUGUUCUGUCAAAGUUUUUGCAAAAUGUAAAGUAUUUGGUCACUUCAAGAUAUACUUAUUUACAGCUCAAUUUAAUUGUAUUUUUGAAAAUGUGUAUUUUUAAUAAACAUUUUUACAAGCA